CUGGUGUGAAAAUAUCCUAAUAUUGGAAUGUUACCACAAGUUGCAAAUUUAGUUUUAACGAAAGUAUGGAAACUGGGUACAUUAUUCGUAAUUAUUGCAACCAUGUCCAUGGACCCAAGAUUAACGAAUAUUAAAAAUUUACAAGCUGAAGCAGCAAGCAGUGUAGAUGAAUGCCAGGUUACGCCAGUAAUACACGUUUUACAGUAUCCUGGUUGUGUUCCAAAACCAAUACCGAGUUUUGCAUGCAUCGGAAGAUGUGCAUCUUACUUACAGGUGUCAGGGAGCAAGAUAUGGCAAAUGGAAAGAUCAUGCAUGUGUUGUCAGGAAUCUGGGGAGAGAGAAGCUUCUGUGUCGUUAUUUUGUCCAAAAGCAAAACCGGGAGAAAGAAAGUUCAUAAAGGUAACGACUAAAGCUCCGUUAGAAUGCAUGUGUAGACCAUGCACAGGAGUAGAAGAAAGCGCAGUAAUCCCACAAGAAAUGGCGGGUUAUUCAGAUGAGGCAUUAUCAGGGCAUUUUUUAAAGUCUCACCAAUUGUGAACAUGAAAUAUAUUUU